UAAAAAAUAAGAGACUAGGUAUACACUGGAGUACACGACGUGUAGUUAGUAGAUUCAUAUUUUUCUAGAUUUAAUGUACGAAUGUGGACCGUUGUUUCUCUCCACAUAUCCUUCAUGUUCUAUAUCUAUCGAACAAGAGGUUGUCGAAGACGUUGUAGAACUGGACUCAUCAUAAGUACAUUUGGUUUAUUCAUACUAGCAGGAUUUUAUGGGCUUUACAUUGGAGGAAAGGGUGUCCAUCGAGAUGACACACCUUUGUGGGAUGACCAUGGAAAGGCAGGAUUACCACUAGGCCUAGGCCUACCUGCGGAUUUGGUCGCAAAUCGAGAGCAUCUCCGACAGGAGGAGCAAGAUCAUAUUUAUGAGCAUAAUGUUCAAAACAAACCUAAAAUUAAUUUAGAAAGGGCAGAUCAGGUUGAUAAGAAUACCAGACACGUAGAGCAAAAUGCUAACAACAAAAUUCCUGCAAACGAUGUUUACCCAGGGCAUGAUAUACCCUGGAAAAAAUUUCCAGACCCAAUAAUAUUGGAGCCACAACCAAUUCAUGCCCUGCAUGUGGAAAACCGAAAUGACAAGAUUCAUCCUCAGCAACUUAGAGUACCAGCCCCCCUUGGAGAUGGCGAUCGUCCUCCCAAAGCUAACCUUGUAAAUGAAGGAGAAAAAGUUGUUAAGAAAAUGACAGCAGGUGUUGGUAAUAAAAAAAAGAGAAUUGAUGAUCACAAAAUCCACCUUGCUGUUGUGUGUUGUGGUGAUAGGUCGGAGGAGACACUUGUUAUGUUGAAAACUGCUAUCAUUAAUACACAACAGAAACUUUAUUUCCAUAUAUUUGCAGAAGAAGAUUUGAAGCCAGGACUAGCAAAAAUGCUAACGACUUGGCCUGCUGCCUUCCAAGCAAAGAUGGAAUUUACUCUUCACUCAAUUCAGUUUCCAGAGGGUGAGAAUCCAGAGGAAUGGAAGAAAGUAUUCAAAACCUGUGCAACACAGAGACUGUUUCUACCUGAUGUUCUCACUGAUGUUGAUUCACUAUUGUACGUGGAUACUGACAUCCUUUUUAUUCGCCCGCUAGAAUCCAUUUGGUCAUUCUUCAAAGAAUUCAAUUCAACUCAAUUAGCUGCCCUAGCACCUGAACAUGAAAUAAAAAAUAUCGGCUGGUACAACCGCUUUGCAAGGCAUCCAUAUUACGGCAUGACUGGGCUGAAUUCAGGAGUCAUGCUUAUGAAUCUGACAAGGAUGCGCUCAUUUGGGUGGACGGAGAAAAUAGUGCCUAUAUACCGUGAAUAUAAACUUAAGAUUACCUGGGGUGAUCAAGACUUAAUUAAUAUUUUAUUUCAUUUUCAUCCAGAUCGUGUAUUUGUAUAUCCAUGUGAGUGGAAUUUUCGUCCUGAUCACUGUAUGUACUCAAACAAUUGCCUACGGAUCAACGACCAUGGUGUCUCUGUUAUCCAUGGCAACCGUGGGGUGUACCAUAAUGAGAAACAGUGGCCAUUUAGGAUGAUAUAUGAAGCUUUUUCAAAUUUUCAACUUGGAAUGACUCCAGAAAUGCACUUGAUUCAACCUUUACAGCGCAAGUUAUCCGAACCAAAGUCACUGAAUCUUUACUGUGGUAAAACAUUAAUUCAACCUUUGAUAUCCACACUUAGAAAAGUCUUUCAAGAUAACAGUCGCUCGUAGACUUACUGUACAUCAAAAUGUAUUGUUUUCAAAUUCAAACACUAAAUGAAUUAGAAUGCACAAUUGUCCUAGUUUCUAUGCUUUACUAUUAUAAUCCAUAAUGAUCGCUGGCGGAUUCAGUGGUGGGAUUGGGGAGCUGGCCCGGAGAGCUGGCCCGGGUCCCCCUUGAAUUUUUUGAAGUGUGAAAAAAGGAGAUAAUGAGAAAAUUAUAUGCAAAUCUUAAGUCUGGGGGUGCUUUUUCGAGCCAUCUAGAGGCACCAUAAUCAUUAAUUUUCUUGCCUCAGCCCCAACCAUGUUGGGGUAACAUAGUAUACCCCUGGGCCCCCUCUAUUUCAAAUUCCUUGAUCCGCCACAUCUGACAAUAACCUUUAUGAGUGAUAAUUUGCUGUUAUUCACACUAUCUUUUACUGGUGCAUCCAAGCCAGGCCAGUGCGGGCACCCUAAAUUUUAUUAGAUAUGGAAACAUGGAGAAAAAAGAACUUUAUUAAAUGUGUGUCUGGGAGUGAUGUUUCCAGCCAUCUAAGGUGCAAUACUGUAGCCAUAAAAUAUCAUAUCUUAGCCCCAACCUUGGUGGGGCUGAUGUAGUUUGGAACUUCAAUCUGUAAGUGUCCCUUCUUGGGACCCCUCUAUCCUGAUUUGCUGGAUCUGCCUCUUUCUAUGUUGAAUUGCUGGAUCUGCCACUGUUUUAUAUAAUAAUAUUUGGUAUAUAUAAUUGGUCUAUAAGUUGAAUGAUCAUGUAUGAUUAAGAAUGCUUCCCAGAAUGAUUUUUUUAUGUAGGAUAAUCACAUGAAAAGCAUGAACACAUGAAAGCACUACGAUUUUUUUCACUUACCUUUAAGUAAUUUGUAAUGCAUUAAAAGAAAUAAUGCUUUGAAGGGCACUGAUAAGUAAAGUAUACAAACAAGUUUAGAGAAAUUGGUGUGUUUAGUAGCAGAUUUUUACAAAUCUAACAACAUAAUUUAUUGAUGAAAUUUAUCCUGUCACAAAUUGCUCAUUAAAAUAUUAUCUUUCAAAUUAAUAAUAUAGAAAUUAUAUAUAAAUAAUAAUAAUAAUGUAAUGACCAUGAAUACUGUAUCAGAUCCUCAUCUUGCAAGCAGUGUUAUCAAAUGAUAAGUUUUUUUUAACACAUAUGAGGCAUGUUGUGGCAAAAUGGUUAAGUUGUCGCACAGUCCAGUAUUGAGUAAAUGAGCUAUAAAAUAUGGGAGCUCAAAAAAUUGCCUAAAAAUCCAAUUGU